AUGGGCCGGGCCAAUGGGAAGCAAUGGCAAUUCGGGGGCUAUGAAUGGGGAGAGAACGUGCCGGAGGAGCUGCGCGACCCCUUCUACACAGACCAGUACGAGCAGGAGCACAUCAAGCCGCCUGUGACGCGCCUGCUGCUCUCCUCGGACAUCUACUGCCGGGUGUGCCGCCAGGUGCUGCCCCCCGACGAUGCGGCUGCACCCGCCCCCAAGGACAACACUGCCCUGCUGGCGCUGCUAGGGCGCCGGGGCCUGGCCCCCACCUACCAGGACAAGCCCGUCAAGGAGGCCGACCUGCUCCAGAAGCCCAUCAAGAUGGGUGCGCACCUGGCAGUGAUCGACUCCCUGAUGAUGGCCUUUGCUGUGGAAGCCACCCACACGCUGAGCGCCCCCCCUGGCACCAGCCUGGGUGACAGCUCCUGGGAGCAGAAGCUCCUCUUCUGGGUGGACAUGGUGAACCGCAAGCUGCAGGAGAGCACUGAGCGGGAGGGCUCGCAGCACCUGCGUGGCUGCCUGCGGGCCCAUGGAGGUUCGCUGUGUGACUCUUCUCUUCUGCGUCUCUCUCUCCUCCUUCCUGUGGCCUUUCUCCUUCCUCCUCGUCAGUGUCCCACCAGGUGGUACUGGAAACUGGUUCCUAUCCGCUACCGGAAGGACAAGGUGCUGUCCAAACAGACGCCCUGCUUCCCAUCUGUCAUGGGCAUGAAGGACCUGGCCAACGGGGGCGCCAUCGCUGCCACCAUCCACUAUUACUGCCCCGAUGUGGUGCGCCUGGAGGACGUGUGCCUGAAGGAGACCAUGUCGGUGGCCGACAGCCUCUACAACCUGCAGCUCAUCCAGGAGUUCUGCGCAGGGUACCUGGGGGGCUGCUGCCCCCUGGCGCUGGAGGACCUGCUCUACGUGCCUCCCGUGCUGAGGAUCAACAUCGGGGUGUUCCUGGCUGAGCUCUUCCUGUGCUUCGAGGUGCUCAAGCCGGGCUUCGUGCGCCCCAAGGAGCCGGGGGGACUCAAAGAUCUGCCUGUGAUGAGCGACUGCCUGACACCCAGCAGUGGCAACAGCAACAGUGGUUCCCCCGUGUUCAGCUUCCUCCUGCCAGGCGGGCAGCCGCAGUCCCCGCUCAGAGGCUCCAUGCACCACUCUACCUCAAUGUCCCAUGUGGAAGGCGGAUUUGGCAAAGCCUGGAGCAAGAAACAGCUGAGGGAUCACUGCCCCUGGCGCGAGGGCACCGUGCGGCCCGCGGCGCCUCAGGGCGCGGCAGGCAGCGCCCGGGUGUCCGGCGAUGGCACCAGCGACGUGUCCUCGCCAGGCGAGCGGCGCAGCAGCCUCAUCGAGAUCCCGCUGUCCAGCCUGCAGGCGGAGGAGGGCGACGGGGACGACUCGCUUGAGGAAUCACUGGACAUCGAGGGGCGGUCUGGCCUUGGCUUCUUCUUCAAGGGGGAUGAGAAGCCGGAGGACGAGAUGGCCCAGAAGCGGGCCACUCUGCUGGAGCGCCAGCAGCGGCGCAUUGAGGAGGCGCGACAGCGGAAGCAGUGGCUAGAGGCUGAGAAGGAGCAGAAGGAGGAGGCAGCCAGGUGGGGAUUGGGGGGGCGGUGUGGGGAAGGAGCCCAUGAGCGCCCGCGGGCGGAGGAGGAGUCGCGCCGGCGGCGCGGGGACUUCACGCGCCAGGAGUACAUGCGGCGCCAUCAGCUGAAGCUCAUGGAGGACCUGGACAAGGUGCUGCGGCAGAAGCCGACCACAGUGCGGGCCCUCAAGAAGGGGCGGCCCAAGACCGUGUUCUGCGACGACUCAGCCCUGGCCCGCAGCCCGGUCAAGGGGCUCCUUGGCUCCAGGCUCAGCAAGGUCUACUCCCAGUCCACUCUGUCCCUCUCCACCGUGGCCAAUGACCCUGGGAACUCGCUGACCAUCAAGAGACCCUCCAGAGCCGCCUCCCCCUCCGGCCUGCUGCCCCGGCCCAAGCUGUACAAAGAGCCGAGUGCCAAGUCCAACAAGCACAUCAUCCACAACGCGCUGUCCCACUGCUGCCUGGCUGGCCGGGUCAAUGAGCCCCAUAAGAACAAGAUCCUGGAGGAGAUGGAGAAGAGCAAGGCCCAUCACUUCUUGAUCCUGUUCCGAGACUCCAGCUGCCAGUUCCGGGCGCUGUACACGCCAGCAGAGGAGACAGAGGAGCUGACGCGUCUCACGGGCUACGGCCCCCGCACCAUCAGCUGGGCCAUGAUCGAGGGCAUCUACAAGUACAACUCAGACCGCAAGCGCUUCACCCAGAUCCCCACCAAGACCAUGUCCAUGAGCGUGGACGCCAUCACCAUCCAGGGCCACUUCUGGCAGACCAAGAAGCCGGGCACCCCUAAGAAGCCAGGCACCCCUAAGUAACCCCUCUGGGCAGGGAGCCCAAACCUCUGAGCUUCUACGUAGCAGGAUGUUCUGUGCCCGAGGGGCUGAGCCUGAACUGCCCAAUCCUUUAAGCAGCUAUGGGGUCAAAGGGCACAGAGGCCCUGCCCCCACCCUCUGAGGGGAGGGGCUGGCUACCCUGGCCCCCAACCAUCUGAAUGUCAGACCCUGCCCCCAGGGUGGGUCUCGGCCAGGGGCCUGGCCCCCUGGCCGUGUAUAUUAUACAUAACUAUACAGAGAUUGAGCUAUUUAAAUGAUUUUGCAAUGAUUUGUAUAUAAAGUGAAUUGCAUUUGAUAAACAAGUGGGGGUUGGUGGGGGGCUGUCUGUCCAUCAGGGUGUCUGUCUCUCCAUGUCUUGUCUCUUUUGUAUCUUCUGAGCUUCUGCCACAGUUGAAUUGUCAGACUCCUGCCCCAGCAGCAGGGGUGCUGGGCUCAGGUCGGGCCCUGGGGGUGGGGUGGGAAGGGAGCUGGCCUCUGGGGGACUGAGGCAGCUGGGUUAUAAGCCCUGGCAGCUUCCACAGGGAGCAGGACUCCCACUGCCCACUUGGGGUGCCAGAGGAGGCCAGGGUGGUCUCUCUGCCAGCCCUGUCCCUUCCCGGGGGGGUGGCUGGCUGGCUGGCACCUGAACAAGAGCUGGGGCUGCCCCCCCACCCCUGCUGCCUUGCUGAUGGAGGGUAGAGCCUGUUGCCUCCAUGCCCAGGGGGCACCUGACAAUGCCACUGAAUAAAGUAACUUAAAGGAG